UCUCGUGUCGUGGAAGAAUGGCAGCUGUCCGAUAAAUCUGUAGUGCUUGUGACCGACAAUGCGUCGAACAUGAUUGUUGCUGCUCAAGUUGGAAAAUUCCCUCAUGUAAAAUGCUUCGCCCAUACACUGAAUCUCGCAUCCCAGCGGGCGCUGAAAGUGGCCACGCUCUCCAGGCUUUUAGGCAGAGUGCGACGAAUAUCAACAUUUUUUCACCGCAGCACUACAGCAAACCACUGUCUGAAAGAAAAACAGAAAUGUCUUGGCCUGAAGAAUCAUAAGCUGAUAACUGAUGUGACAACAAGGUGGAACAGCUCAUAUGACAUGGUCGAGAGGUUCCUAGAACAGCAACCUGCAAUCUCUGCCACAUUGUUGUCUCCAGAAGUCAGAAAAAGUGAGUCAGAUCUCUGCACUCUCAACGAAACAGAUGUGUCAAAUGCAGAGGAUGCUGUGAGUGCAUUAAAGCCAAUGAAAGAUGCAACCACACUGAUGUCAGAAGAGCGCAAUCCAACUGUUUCUCUCAUUGCCCCUCUAAAUGCACAACUGCUCCAGAACAUGACAGACACCAUGGGAGACACACCCAUGAUCCAUGAGAUCAAGAAUGCCAUCAAAACAGAUCUCCUGAAGAGGUACAGCAGUGAGGCAGAGAAGAAGAUACUUUAUACAGCCUCUGCCCUGGAUCCUCGUUUUAAGGGACUGCCUUUUAUUCUCACAGAGGAGGAGAGAUUGGAGAUAUACAGAGGAGUGACUGAGGAGGCUGCAUCCUUGGAGAUUGAGUGUACUAGUACAGUUACAUCUAGGAGGACAAACGUGGAUGAAGUACCACUGCCUGAGGGAAAAGAAACUCUGGAAGAAGAAUCACCCAUCGAGGAGGAUAACCCUUCUCCUCCCAAAAGAAAGUCCACAUCGCUGCUCAUGACUUUGCUGGGACAGUCUUUCACUGACACUGAAGGUACAAUAGAACCCAAGACCCCCUAUGCCAAGGCUGAAGAGGAAAUAGAGAAAUAUUGUAAAGCCCCAUCUCUGCCUCUCACUGAAGACCCUUUGAAAUGGUGGCAUGCACAUGAGGUCAUAUUUCCCCUCCUCUCUCAUUUGUCAAAGCGAUACUUGUGUAUCCCAGGUACAAGCGUGUCUGCAGAGCGGGUUUUCUCCACUGCAGGAGAUGUGGUAACGGCAAAAAGAAGCACCCUCCAACCAGAGCAUGUGGAUCAACUAGUGUUCUUACAGAAAAACCUACAUAUUCCAUAAUUCUGAGUAGUGAUUCAGGUUUAUAAUAUUAAUAUUUAAUUUCUUUUUGGCACAUCCAGAAGAAAGUGCUGUGUGCCCCACUGCCCAGUGCAGACUACUGUUAAGUUAUUUUAUAUUUGAUACUGUUAUAUAGCUUAUAGCUUUUUGAAAAAUGAAGCUUAAAACCUUGAGUAAAUCUUUGUUGGAUCACAAAAUAUACUAGUACACUACACGACACGACCGACCACGUCACUCUGUCACAGUCACACACACACACAAACAAUACAAAAGAAACAACACACAACUGCACACACCUCAUGUGUGCGUGUCAGUGUCACCCUUCACCAUGAUUCACUCUUUUUAUGAUGUGUGGUUUUUUUGGUAUUGUUUGACUGUGUGUGACUGUGACUGUGUGUGUGUUGUGUAACAAUAUAUUUGUGAUCCCAUAAAGAUAAUCAAAGUUAGUAAAUCUACUAGUAGUUCAAUGCUACUUGUUGUAUAAUGUCUAUUACUACUUCUAGUGUUACUGACGAUGUUUGCCAAUCAGGAAGUGCUCUGUUUUUUAGAUGUUGUGCUAUUGUUUACAGCACACCCCUGUAUUGUUUGCAAUGCAGUGAGUGCAUAGUGCAUAAGGGAUUAUUAAUAUUAUUCACACUAAAAAUUGUCUAUUUUAGAUAGACCCUUUAAGAAAGAUAUCAUAUGUUUUUGUUUAUGAUCCCAAUCCCAAAUGCCAUCCCACUCCCAGGCAGAUCUGUAGGGGUUAACCUAAUAUAACCAACCAGUUAACAAUAACAAUGUGUGUACUGUCUAACUGUCUUUAUGAGUGUGUGAGUGUGACUGUGAGUGAGUGAGUGCCAGUUUGAAAAGUUUGUAUGUAUCUAUCUAUGAGUGUGUGUGAGAGGAGUGUAUUAACUGCCUUUGAAUGUUUUUGUUUGUAUGUGAUUGUGUGUCUGUCCCAGUGUCUAAGUGUCUAUGAGUGUGAGUGUGACUGUGGCUGACUGGCUGUGGUGCCUUUGAAUGUUUUUGUUUGUGUGUGUGUCCCACUGUGUCUCUAGUGUCUGGGUGUCUAGUGAGUGUGACUGUCUAACUGUCUAUGAGUGCACUAUGCAGAGAGUGAGACUGAAGCCAAACCACUAUAGGGGAAGGAAAAGCCUUGAGUAAACCUUGAGUAAAUCUUUAUUGGAUCACAAAUAUACUGUACACUACAGACAGUACAGCACACACAGCACACAGUGCCACACACAACAGCACAAUACAAAAAUAAAGCACACACACCUCAGGUGAGUGGCGUGCCACCCUUUCUUCACCAUGAUUUACUCCUUGAUGUCUGUGUCCUUUUUUUAUGUAUUGUUUGUUUGUGUGUGACUGCUGUGUACUGUUCAGUGACAGACUCAGUCACUGUUCAGUUGUGUGUAGUACUGCUUUAACAGUAACUAAUAACUAACUAAUUAUAUUGUGAUCCCAUAAAGAUAAUAUAAUCAUCAAGAAGAAACUGUAGUUAUAGUAGUUCAGUUCAAUGCUACUUGUUUUAAAUGUCUCUCUCUCUAGUACUAUUGUAAGUCUGUAACUGUGUAAACUAAUUGUAUAUGUCACAAUCACAUGUGUGUUGUGUGCACACUCUGUGCUGUGUGUUGUGUUCCAGAUUCUUCACGUGAUGUUUGUUUGCCACAAAUUGACAGUCAUGAAGGCACAGUGGACUGCACCUGUAAUUUUGUACCUAUAAGGGAUUUAUGUUUUGUUUUCUGAGGACAAUUUUCACACAAAUAAGGUAUUAUGGUGGUAACUUAAGCUUAACCUAUCUAUUUUGGUUUUAAUUUAAUGUCUAUUAUUAUAUUAUUAUUACUAAGUAAGUAAAGAAAUUAAAUUAAAACCAACAUAGAUAGGUUAGACAUUUAUUUGUUGUUCAUGUUUCUUUACAAGUGUAUAGUGUACUUACUAUAUAUAAAAUAUACAUUUAAAUAUUUUCUUUUAUUGAAGAAGUACACUGUGAGCACUGCACUUUUUACA